GACGAAGCUAAACGCGGGGUCGCCAUUACUGGGUUGAGAGGAAAGAGUUGAGGGUUGUGGUUGAUUGUUUAGUGUGUGUGCGUGUGUGGUAUUUGUGUUUUCAUUUAACAAUGGUCGACAAGAUAGAAAUGAGUUUGGAUGAUAUCAUUAAGUCCUCCAAAAUGAUUAGAGGUAGCGGAAGACGAGGUCGAGGAGGACAAAGAGGUUCCAGUAUACCAAGACGAGGUAGAGGUGGGCCGACGAGGGGAAUUGGAGCCGGAAGAAGUCGCCGCGGAAUGGUGCGAUCAGCGCCUUAUUCAAGGGGAGACAUUAACAGCAAAUGGCAGCAUGAUAUGUUUGAUGGAUCCGGAAGCAAGAAGGCGAGAAUGAGUUUCGGGGGAUCGCUACCAACUGGUGGUCCUGCGAAGUUGUUAGUCGCCAAUCUCGAUUUUGGUGUAUCGGAUUCGGAUAUACAGGAGCUUUUCUCAGAAUUUGGGCCUCUGAAGUCCGCUGCGGUACAUUAUGACCGUUCUGGUAGGUCACUGGGUACAGCGGAUGUUAUAUUUGAAAGAAAAGCUGAUGCAAUAAAAGCAAUGAAACAGUACAAUGGUGUUCCCUUAGAUGGCAGAGCAAUGCAGAUUCAAAUGGCAACAUCAGAAAUACCCUCUGUAUUGCGUGGUGUUCGUGUGGGAGGUGGUGGAUACGUGCAAAGCCAAAGGUCGCGAUUGAGUGGUGGCAGUGGUGGUGGAAGUGGAGGAAGGGGAAGAGGUCGAGGUGGCCUACGCCGUGGUGGAAGAGGUGGUCCAAGAAACCAGUCAAGAUCACUUCCUACAGCUGAGGAGCUGGAUGCUGAAUUAGAUGCCUAUGUAAACAAAAUUAAGUAACAGAUGGAAACCUUGUGCCAUUGUGGAAAAGAUAUAGAGUGAAUGUGUGAAUCUGACAUACCUGCCUUUCGCAGUUUAGAGUUUGACUGACUGUUCAAUUUUGCGUGCAGUUAAUGUACACAUUGGAUUGAAGACUUUACAAUAGAGAUGUAACAAGAGUUUCUGCGUGAUGCUGGAGGAUUUGCUGGUAGAUAAUUUUACAUGGAUAAUGUCUGGGUUUUGAUCUCCUUGAAUACCUGUUGUAAUGUUUCAGGACAUACUGUGAAGCGAAUUAUACUGAAUUUCAACACUGUUAAAUAAAAUAUUUUCUCAUUGUUAAAAUUACUGCCAUGUAUUAAGCAAGUGGAAUAUUCUAACUCUGGUUUAGUUUUACAGCUAAACUGCCUGCAUAGCUAUUUUGUACAUCUGAACUUUCCAACAUACAUUGCUUUCAUAAAUCAUAUACCCUGCAAUACAAAGCACCAAAUAUUUUAUUACAUGGAUUUUUUAUUUAUUUAUAGCACUUACAUUGCUUUAGCUCCUGACUUUUGUCGCCACACUGUAUUAAAAAAAUAUUGAAAAUUGAUACAUUUUUACAACUCCUAAAUACUGGUGACAAAACAACAAUGAAAGUGUUUCAGUUUGUAGUGAAUUAAUAUUACAUGGUGUGUGUUCUUUUAUAUGAUGUGCUAACAUGAGUGAAUGGUGAUUUUUGUGGUCCUGUAUAAAAUUAUGGAGUAAGUUGACACAGUGGAUCGUAAUUUCUGAAAUACAGACUUGCUCUUUGCUAGAUUCUUUUGUAGAUUUUAAGGUGAUCAUACAGCCUCACCUUCAGUCCUUACAGUGUGUGGUGUGCUUCUGCCAUCAGGCAGCCACAGUGGAAAACUGAAACAACAUAUUACCAAUAUGUGGCUAUGCAUGAUAAAUAGCUUUGAGUGCAACUGUUGACAAGGUUUUCAGCACCUUGUUUUGUAAAAUAAAGUCCUCAAAUUGUAAUGUUUUAUACUAAACGUAUAUAAAUAUAGAACAAGGGAUUUCAUCAGUUUGAUAUUAAAUAAAUCUGUUGUGUGAAACUGUU